UCAGAUCACCACAAUGAAGUUAAACGUCAUUCACAAGGCACAUUUACUAGUGAUUACAGCAAGUACCUAGAAUCCAGGCGGGCUCAAGACUUUGUCCAGUGGUUAAUGAACUCAAAAAGAAGCGGAGGAAUAUCAAAGCGCAAUGUUCAAUUUGAGAGGCACGCAGAAGGCUCAUAUACCAAUGAUGUGUCCCAGUUCUUGGAAGAAAAAGCAGCCAAAGAAUUUAUCGACUGGUUGAUAAAAGGAAAACCAAAGAAACAGAGAUUAUCUAGACAUGCAGAUGGAACCUUCACUAAUGAUAUGACCAACUAUUUGGAGGAGAAGGCAACCAAAGAAUUUGUUGAUUGGCUAAUUAAAGGAAGACCAAAAAGAAAUUUCCCAGAUCUUUCAGCAGAAGAGAUGGACAGAAGGCAUGCUGAUGGUAGUUUUACCAGCGACUUCAAUAAAGCCCUCGAUAUUAAGGCUGCUCAAGAGUUUUUGGACUGGAUAAUUAACACCCCCGUUAAAGAAAGGUAA